UGUGCUCGUCCUGCUGGUCCUACUACAUGGUACUAAACACUUCGCGCAUUCUCGCAAAGUUUACUUUCAUCUUUAGCGUGUGUACAUGAAUGCGACAAGUACGAGAUACGCCACCGAAGUGUGCGAGCCCGUCUGCACGAGGCGACCCGUUUGCCUUAUUUUUGAUAGAGCUCGGACUCUAGGCAUAUUCUUGCACUCCUGCUGCUCUACACGACAAGAUGACGUCGUGUAGACCCUCGUACGGCAGCUACUGUUGUGUACCGUGGUGCCAAAACAAUGGAAGAACGCAAAAGAAGCCCGGAACCUGUUUCUUUCGCAUCCCCCGGGACAGCAGGUCGGCGGCAUGGGUGACAUACUCCCGAAGGGCCGACCUUAUGGAAAAGCCAGCCAGCGUAUUGUACACUUCAUACAGGAUGUGCAGUGAACAUUUCACUGGACAAGAUUUCAUGGACCCAGGGCACACGCGGCUCACAAAAAGAGCUGUACCUACAGUUUACCCAGAUUCUGUUGAUGUGUCGCCUGCUCAAGUUUUUGUGGUUACGUCGCCUCAAAACACCGUCCCAGAGGACCAUCUGGAAAAAGCUGUAUGCAUCAUCUCCUUGUCUGAAGACCCUGCUGUGCAAGGCUACAGCCAUCCUGUGGAUGAUGAACAAGCCGGUGAGGAUGUCGUGGAAGAAACAUGCGAGAAAAGCUCCCUCAUGGCAGCAAGCCAUGUUGCCGAAGGAAGCCUGCAGGUGAUGUAUGGCUGCAACACCUCCUUGAGCGAGCUAGGUGCUGCAGACUCUCAAGUGGACCUGUCUGGCAGCAGUUCGAGCGGGGCUGAGUGUUAUGCUGUGCAUGAUGGCAUGUCCACAAGUACCAGCAGCUUUAUUGACAAAGCUGCAAGCUCAGGAGGAGACCUUCCUGUUGCUUUCAACGGUGUAGCAAGAGGCUCUCCAUCAAAAAAAUUUAGGAGAACCAUCCAACGACUGCAAUCCAAGGUGGCAAGCUACCGGCGGACCAUCGCACGGUUACGGAAGCAGCAGAGCAAGCUCCUGCUAUCAGUUUCGAAGGCACUAGAAAUUAUCCGUCCAUGUGUGACAGAGGAGGUUUUUAAACUUCUAUGUGCACACAUGCAGUUGCAGCAAAAGGGCAAUGGCAAGCGGUUCCCUGCUUGGGUCAGGAAGUUUGCUUUGCAUUUGUAUUUUCGUGGACCACGAGCUUACGAAUAUUUGGCACCAAUUUUCUCAUUACCUACACCACGUUCUCUGAGGCGGUGGAUAAGUAACCUGGCGGAUGAGCAGGUGUGAUUCCUAAAUGUAUGGAGUAUUUCAGCGAGCAUCAAACAUAAAAUAAGUGUGACCGAGUGUGCACACUCGUGUUUGAUGAAAUAGCUCUAAACAAGAAUUUGUCUUAUGAUAAAGUUCAAGAAGUUCGUGUAAAUAUAUUUCUGGACACGUUUGUGAUGGCAUGUCCGAUUUGUGGUUCCCUCUGAAGGUGCAACUGCACCUCCAGGUGGUUGGGUGGGGUGCAACAGUCCUUUCAGGAUGCUAUUCAUUGUGAACCCCUGCAGCUUUGCAAUGUCAAUUGUUUAACCUUCACCACGUGCCUAAGGGGAAGGAGCUCAAAUACGAUGCAGUGCACAAUGUGGUAGUCUCGGGAAGAUUACUCAAGCCAGUUCCUGGUUUUAAAGGCUUAGUGCAUGUGUUGAUAUUGUACAUGUGACAGAGCUGAUGCGAGGUAAUCUUGCAGAACGGUUGAGUGAGUGGGUGAGGCUGCAGAUUUCAGUGCAGAGCAAUGUUGUGGUCUUGCAAAGACUACUUUGUGCGUGUUGCCGAUUGGAUACAUAAAUGACAAAAGCAGAUGUGGGUGCUUGUGGAAGUCGGCUUGUGGAAUGGUCGUUGGGUGAGGGGGUGUAGAUAUAUGUGCAAUGCAAAAUGGUGGUCUCGGAAAGACUGCUUUCUGUGCGUUGAGGAUUGGAGACAUAACGGAUAUAAAAGCAUGCAUGGAAGGGGGUGGGUAAGCUUGCGGAAUGAUAGGGGGAAUGGGUGCGGAUUACCCUAGGCGGUGUUCGAUUAUCUGGUUGAUCGGCAUGUUGCCGAAAGGAUUAACGUUAACAAUGCUUUGAGUACCAACCUAAGGUUUAAAGAAAUAACUGACGUUUCAGAGCCGGCACUGCUCUUGUUUACAGUGAAAUAGCAUUUCAUUCUAUGCAUUAAACUAGGUGGUAGUGCACUCCCCAGAGGUAUGAUGGAGGUCGCACCUCUAGAGGAAGUGAGAGGGGGAGGGGAUAGACUUCUCGAGUUAUUAGUUAAUGAGGCCUGUAGCGCGGCCCGAAAACACCAGAUAUGUUACGACAAAAAUAUGCAUUAUUUGUGCAGAAAGUGGCACAAGUCUACUAGUCUUUUUUUUUUUUUUUUGCUGGAACAUGAAGUGUUUUGUUACAUGUCUCUCUUUUUUUAGGCUGCAACAUUCGAUUUUUUUUCUCUCCAAGUUAUGUAUUAUUGAUCGCCUAAUGGCAUUAUUCUGGCAAUGUCUUCCAGCUUGCUUUCAGUGUGUAAAAUAGGUCGCAAGUGUAUCGGCUUUGCAUUUUUGUGAUGUGAAACAGAUUACUUGGUUUUCUGUAUUGCACUCCUGCCCUGUUAUGUAUGUGCCAAGUUGCGACGGUAUAUUGUGUUGCUCUUGUAUUUCAUGGAGUGAAGUAAAUAUCAAAUUAAAAGGUUAUCUAGCA